CAUAGCACGGCACCUAUCCUUCAAUGUACAAAAUGGCGCAUGGAUGUACUAGCCGCACAUGGUCUUUGGAAGGAUCUUUGCAUAAAAGUGGUGCCAUAUGGAAACGCUAUGCAUGGACGUAUGAAGAAGGGUAGAGAAGAAAAUAAGUAA